CAUCUCGCUACGAGGCUUCGACAUCCUCUAUUUCUGCCUACCAAUUCUCACCAUCCGUUUUCGUGAUACCCGGCGCUCUUCGCCACGUGGAGUUCGAUCUGAUGCCGUUUGCUCUGCAAUCGAGAGCGCCUCUGUUUCAUUUACCGUAGUCUUCACAUUGUUUUCUCUGCCUCGCCUCGGAUCCCCUGUCGGCUACCAUGGAAGACCAAACCUAUGAUAGCAUGGAUGUGGACGAUCUGUUUGGGGACUCAGAGCAGGUCACCUUGCCGUCGAUGAACAUGUCUGCCUCCCCGCCCGUGAAGGGUCUUGCAAAGAGGCUCGAUGAGCUAGCCACCAGCGGAUGCUGCUCGAGAAUAGCAUGGUCUAAAAAUGGUUGUAUCGCAUACAUCGUCCCAGAUGGCCUCGGCGUAAACCUGAGAGUCUUUUCCCGGACUGGUUCGACUGAGAAAUGGGACCUUGGUACAGACGUUCAACUUGAUAUACCGCAUCAGAGCGAUGAGUUCCCUCUGGUGCACCUUUCCUGGAGUCAUCUGGGCAAUGAUCUUGCCGUCGUCAACGCGGCUGGCCACGUGAUGAUUUUCUCCUGCGCCAUGGUUCUGGACCGCAUGAACUUCACGCGGACAGAGCUGUCUCAACCAGAUAACGAGAUUGACGCCGUAGUGGGCAUGCAUUGGCUUGCAAUCUACCCUUACGAGCAGAAGAAUCACAUUGCAUGGUCUGCGCAUAAGAGUGGUGAUAAAUGGAACUUCAAUAUCACUUCGCAGAUGUUCAGGGACAUGCAUCACGCCGUCGACCAAAAAGCGUGCUUGGUUUACUUGAUGAGGAAGGGUGACCUCAAGCUCCGCUUUCAGCAACCGGAUAGCAGCUGGUCAGAGGUGUCCGUAUCCUUGAGAGCCAUUCUACACACGAAUGACACAUUCACGCACGCCGCCUUCGCUUCCAACAAUGAUAAUAAGCUUUUGAUGGCCACCUACGACGUGUCUCGUCGUCUACAUCUUUAUAGAAUAGAAGCUGUGUGGAACAUUCCGCAACUGCCUGAUCGAACGCAAUUGAAGGUCUACGAGAAGCCCGAACUUCAAGUGACCGAAAUCACAACCGAAGACAACUGCCAUCCCGCCAUGAUCGACAGCAGCGGGCUGCCAGGCGGCUCGGAAUCCAAGGUCCCAGUCUCCGCUCAAUUAACGCAUCUCGAUUUUCUCCCCAUCACGCCAGAAGAUGGCGACGGGUCCGUGCCUACCAUUCAAGCCAUUUUCGUAACCCCACCAAACAUAGUCGCUGUUGACCAGACACAUCCGCAACCAAGUCCUUCAAGCAUAGUGGCCAAGUGGGAGGUGCACCAGACUGAGCAAAACCAGUUGCAUCCCAGUCUCGACAAAGUCACUUCUAAGAAGAAGAGUGUGGGCUCCGUGUCUGCGCGCACUAUUUGGCAACUAAGGAGACAGCCGGACACCAUGACCCAUAUGAACCAAGUCAUCUUGUCGUGCAUUCCACUGUGGUAUAACAUGAUCCUCGCUUUUUGCUACAGUGACGGUACCAUCGAAUUGAAGAAGCGCAAGACUCAAGAAACCAUUACGCCAGACUACAACACUGAGGUCGUUUCUUCAAUGGCCCAGGCUGGGUACACGUUUCCCACGCUGGACUCGGCACUCAACGUCGCUUUGUCACCGAAUCACUGCAUUGCAGCGUGCAUGCAAGCAGACUGCAAGAUAAAGUUACAUCCUACACAAUACAACUACGGCUCUCUCGCAACAGACGACAACGACCAAGAUCAGUCCGCCUCGGCCGCAUUAGCCGCCCUUGUCCUCCAGCAUACCACCGCAGCCAACCAAUACUUCUGCAGCGACGAUAUCUUCUCCGUGAUGGGCCCGCUCAGCGAAGAACGCAAGCGUAUUUUCAUCCUUUUGAUGUUUCAAGCCCUCAACGUGAAGAUCGACUGCGGCAUCGUCGACGAUGGUACAAACCAGAACCAUCUCAUCCUGCUCGGCCGCUCCCCAUUUUUCGUCAAGACACUCUCAGCACUGCACCUCCUCGGUCUCCAAGGCAGCGUCGACCGAGCACUCACCAGCAAAAUGGCGUGGAUGGUCCUCAACAUCAAAUACGUCACACAGAUCCUAACCACAAUCGCCCGCAUGCACGGCAACAUCGACAAGAACGCUGUUCGCCCCGAAGUUGUUCCACAAUUCGUCGGCAUCUGCCGCUGGAUCAUGCAUUUCAUGGUGUACCUCAUCGACGAGCUGCUCCAGAUCGGGCAGGCCUUCCAGUCCGUCCCAUCCUCCUCGCUCACCCCGCAGCUUCUCCAACAGAAACUCGCCGCGAUGAACAAGCCCGCCUUAUUGCUCCUGCUCAGCAGCUUCCCCCGCAUGAUGAUGAAGCUCUGGGCCAACCCUAUCCAGUGGGUCCAGCGCACCGCGUACGGGUAUGUCCAAAACGCAAACGCGUCACCGGAGAUGCGCAAGCUGUACUACCCGCUGCACAUGGCGCUCACCGAGGCGCCGCUCGACUGGCGCCACUUCGAGGCGCUCAUCAGCGAGGCCCAGCACCUCGUGCGGAGCUGCUACAAGCAGGCCAACGCGUCCGCCGAGGACCGUGACCAAGUCGAACGCGAGCUCCUCCUCGGCCGCAUCCCGCCCAUCCUGUUCCCUGCAGCCCGCAGGCUGGUUACCGACACGCUGUUCGCGGAGCCCUCGGCGCAGGGCACCUGUCUCGCGGACAAGGUCGACAUGGCGAAGAUCCUCUUCUUCGACACCACCUGGCUCGGCCUGACGACCUCCAAGCGCGCCGCCCACUGGUUCGACAGCCACGUCGUGGACGUGUGCCAGAAGAUGGUGAUCCGCGGGACGGGGGCGCACACGCACCCGCUUGUGGGGCGGGACGCGCAGAACGGGCGUGGCCGCAGCGAUAGCAUCCAGAGCGUUGCGGGGACCGAGGACCCGAAGAGGAGGAAGCAGCUCAGGAAGUGUGUGAGGUGUGGGGCGUACAUGGAGGAUGUGACGAUGGGGCUGCCCGGGUAUGCACCGACGCAUGUGAGCUGGUUGAUGGGCGUUGCGAAGCACUGUGUGUGUGGGAAUAGCUGGAUGCUUGCGCCGGAGAAGAAGAGUUGAGUAGAUGCUAUACCUCUCCAGCACUAUGGUAUAUUUCCUAGCAAAGGCAAUAGCGAAUCGGGGUUCACAGAGCACAUUUCUUGAGUAUGGGUAGUAGGAGCAGACACUCCAUGUGUGUUGCGUUCAAAUAC